GCGGCGUGACGUGUGCGCGGAGCCGGAGCCGGGCCCGGCGCCGCCGCCGCCGCCAUGCUCGACUUCUUCACCAUCUUCAGCAAGGGCGGCCUCGUCCUCUGGUGCUUCCAGGGAGUCCGCGGGCCCGCCGCCACCGCUCCCGUCAACGCCCUCAUCCGCUCCGUCCUCCUGCAGGAGCGAGGCGGCAGCGACUCCUUCACCCAUGAAGCCCUCACACUCAAGUACAAACUGGACAAUGAGUUUGAGCUGGUGUUUGUGGUGGGCUUUCAGAAGAUCCUGACUCUCACCUAUGUUGACAAGUUGAUAGACGACGUGCACAAGGAGUUCAGGGACAAGUAUCGCAACGAGUUCCAGCAGAAGGGCACCCUGGGCCUCCUAAAUGGCACCUUUGACUUUAAGGCCGACUUCAUGCGCCUCCUGCGGGAUGCUGAGGAGAGCAGCAGAGUCCGAGCUCCCGUGGUCAUGAAGACAUUUGAGCAGUCUCAGAAGUCCCAGAAGACUGUCAGGUGUAUGAUAGAAACCCGAGGGGAGAAACCAAAGGAGAAAGUCAAGAACAAGAAGAACAAAGGUUCUAAAAAAGAAGGAGCUGAAGCUGCCGUGGCCCCUGGGAAAGCAGCCACGGGUGACAGGCAGCCCCCUGCGGCUGGGGAGAAGGAGGAACUGACCAAGGAUGAAAUCCUGCAGAAGAACCGUGAGGAGUUCUUUAAGAGACACAUGAAAGCCGGGGAGAAAUCCAGGUCUCCCAAGCCUGAGGCACAGAAGGAGAAGGGGAAGAAGCCCCGAGUGUGGGAUUUGGGGAACUCUAAUGCCAAAGUCCUCGAUUACAGCAACUCCGCCACCAACGGCAGAGCUGACGCUUGUCCCGUGGAGGAGUUUGACCCUGACACAGCCCUGGGGGAUCGGAAUCGGGAGCCUGGCCGCCUCUACGACCUCGAGUACGAGAGUGACGAUGAAGCUGAAGAGGAGAAGGUUAUUCAGAACCCUUCCAAACCCAGCACCAAGAAAGGUGGUCUGGGGGGCAUGUUUGGCAUGCUGAAGGGGCUGGUGGGCUCCAAGAGCUUGACAAGAGAGGACAUGGACCCUGUACUGGAGAAGAUGAAGGAUCACUUGAUUGCAAAAAACGUGGCAGCUGAGAUUGCAGUGCAGCUCUGCGAGUCAGUGGCCAAGAAACUGGAAGGGAAGGUGAUGGGAACGUUCACCACGGUGACCUCGACGGUGAAGCAGGCCCUGCAGGAAGCUCUGGUGCAGAUCCUGCAGCCCCAGCGCCGCGUGGACGUCCUCAGGGACGUUAUGGACGCCCAGCGCCAUCGCCGACCCUACGUGGUCACCUUCUGCGGCGUCAACGGCGUCGGCAAGUCCACCAACCUGGCCAAGAUCUCGUUCUGGCUGAUGGAGAAUGGUUUCAGUGUCCUCAUCGCCGCGUGUGACACGUUCCGGGCGGGCGCAGUGGAGCAGCUCCGCACACACACCCGGCGCCUCAACGCGCUGCACCCUCCCGAGAGCCACGGCGGCCGGCCCAUGGUGCAGCUCUACGAGAAGGGUUACGGCAAGGACGCUGCUGGCAUCGCCAUGGAGGCCAUCGCUUAUGCUCGGAACCAGGGCUUUGACGUGGUGCUGGUGGACACGGCCGGCCGCAUGCAGGACAACGCUCCCUUGAUGACAGCAUUGGCCAAACUCAUCGCUGUCAACGCUCCCGACCUGGUCCUGUUUGUUGGAGAAGCGCUGGUGGGCAACGAGGCUGUGGAUCAGCUGGUCAAGUUCAACAAGGCCCUGGCUGAUCACUCCAUGGCCCAGACACCGCGGCUCAUCGACGGGAUCGUCCUCACCAAGUUCGACACCAUCGACGACAAGGUGGGUGCUGCCAUCUCCAUGACCUACAUCACGAGCAAACCCAUCGUUUUCGUUGGCACGGGACAGACUUACUGUGACCUGCGGAGCCUCAACGCCAAGGCCGUGGUGGCAGCGCUCAUGAAGGCCUAAAAGCAACCAACCAAACCAAACAACCCCAACCAAACACCAAAUCUCUGUGCAGGUGUCGGACAAGAACGUGCUUUACCCCGUUAGCAACUCUCCUCCCCUGGGUAGUGGCAGAACAGAAGGAAGGAGACCAGCAGAAGGGAUGGUUCUUGGUCGUCCCUUUUGGUUAAAGCCCUUCUUACCCACCAAAAGCCCUUUCCCUGGUUCCUUCCUUCUGCUCUCAGGCUCCCUCGCACGAAGGCUGAACCCAGAGCUUUGUAUUGUUCGUGCUGCACAGGGGGGAUGGACAGCACCAGGACCUGCUGUCUGCUUUGUGAAGGAGGGAGUUAAAGGCUUACUUGUUUUGAGCUGCUUUUGAUUUUAGACCACCUUAGGGAUGUUUGUCAAGGGAGAGCAGGCUUGCUGCUGCUUAGUGUUAGGUCUGGCUGCUCAUGGUGCUGCUGCCUGCAGCUCCACCAACGCUGAGGGGUGAUAAACCACAACUGGCAAGGGUGAUGCUCAGUUGCCUUAAGGUGCCCGUUUCAUCACCACAACUCUGGGGGGUGAUCCUGGACAGGAGCUGGAGCACUGGGACAGCUUGGUCCUGCAGUGCUAACAGCUAGAGAAAGCAAGCUCCAGGGCAUCCUGGACGGUGAUGGUGGCUGCUUGCUGCUUCCCUGCACCCUCUGUCCCCCUCUUCGAGUGCCUCUUGGUGCCGGUCUGAAGUGCUACACUGAAGAAUACAAAACUCCUCUGAUGAUGUCUUGUAGCUCUGUAUUGCAGAUGUGCUGUAGUGCAAUAAACUGAAUGCUGUCUGCUAAGAGACAUCAUUUAUCAGAAAUAAACCUCAUCCUUUGUUCUCUGUGGAUAA